AUGUUAGAAAUGUCAGAAUGUGGUACAAGCGUUGAAGUAGAUACUGGCCUAACUUACACAAUUAUUAAAUGUACGAAGGGUUCAUUUCAUCAGGGUCACGAAAAAUUUAGCUAUACAAGAGGAAUCCAAUGUACCUGCAUAUCAUUAUAUGCAUCUCUCUUUUCAUUUUUUAAGCAUGUCUCGCGAUGGACAAAAAAUGACAUCAAUUGUGUUCUUGAAAAGGGUGAUAAUUUGUACAAACUGCAAAAUACAACUCAAUUUUUAACAUGCACUGAACUACCUAGAACUGUUUCACUUGAAGGUGUAAAUAUGGAUGUAAAUUUUGACCAUAACUGUUUUGGUUUUUUUGUGACUUCAAGUGCUACUUCUAUUAAUGAGUUGAUUUCUAAUUUAAGGUCAAAUUUAAACAAUAAAACAAGAAUUAUAUUUAUUAUCAAUGGUGUUGCAGUGUCAAUUUUAAAAUGCAAUCGUCAUUAUUACAUUAUUGAUUCUCAUUCAAGAGAUGCUAAUGGUAGACCAUGCCCAGAUGGUACUGCUGUUGUGUUAAAGUUUAUUAAUUUGUUUGAAGUCGCAAAAUAUAUAUCAAAGAUGUCGUCAGAACAGAAAACACCAAAAAAACGUCUUGAUAAUUCUAUUGUUGGGUAUGUUACGAAUGUAUCACCAAUUAAAACUGCUAAAAACAAUCCAAAGGUGAAAUACUUUGAUUUCCUUCUAAACACAGAGGACAAAAUGGAACGAACAGUUUGUUUUUCCCCUGAAAAACAUAAACUGGUAUCAGAAGUUCACAAAGAUCUCACUGGAUGUGAAAUAAAAAAAUACAAAAGGAGCGACACUAAUGACAUCAUUAUAACAGAUUUUUCAUCUGUGAAAAAGCUUGCUCCAUCUUUUGAACUGCAGACCCCUGAAGUUGUUCUCAAAACUAUUCCAGCAAUUCUUAAUGAAUCGAUGCUGUAUGAAAUCGUAAACACAAAAGCAUAUCUAUAUGAACUGAGUGAAACUAAGGCGCUGACAGACAAGAAUGGAAAAAAUAUGUCAUAUCGCAAUGCCAUUCUUAUUGACGAAACAAGCGAAAAACUGCCAAUCACGUUUUAUAAUGAACAAUGUGGGCAAGUGAAAAACAAGGAAACAUAUAUUUUAACAGAACUAAGGGUAUCAAAAUAUAUGAACAAUCGGUUCUUGAAAGCCACCCCAUUCACCAAACUAAGAACUGUGGAUCCAUUAGAAAUAAACGACGAAGCAGUCUGUCUGUUCAAAAGGGUUACCGCGUCCCGUAACGGAAACACGAAAUGUGAUAUAUAAAGGACGGGCGAACCCGUGGAUUUUUCCACGGUCUAACGACUUCUAUAUUAUAAUGCCCGUAUACGUCUGUCCGUCCGUCUGUCUGUCUGUCACGCAAAAUGGUAGCUUAGCUGCGACGGGCGAACCCGUGGAUUUUUCCACGGGCUAACGACUAGUUUAAAAAAAAACAUAAGGCGAACUAAUUAUGCAGAAAACCUAUAACAGUUAAUAUUUUACAGAACGCAUUUUAUGAUUCGUUUCAACCUAGAGGUAACGCGGGAAUGUAUUAUAAUUGUUAAUGCAAGCCCCUAAUCUGGCAUAAGCAAAACUAGCACCCAGUUCUUAAAAUUCCCAGCAAUUUAUUCCCCUAGGUUUUUCGCUUUCUUGAUAUGCGUGCUGGCGCGGUUCGCCCAAAGUCACUGUUGUAGGAAUCCGCCGUGUUCGCAGGACUUUUCAAAAUUGGAACGUCGGUCAAGAAAGCUUUGCUAAUAUUGCAAACUGAAAAAGAAAAAAAAAAAAGCUAAGAACGACGAAGUAGCCUGGGUUACGUUUUGACCGUGGCAGAUAAGCGAAAUAACAGUUGUAUUUCAGAAUCUCCGUUCCACAGCUUCAUAGCUGGUCAGCUAUCUUGUUCAAACUGUUCUUGUUUGUUUUUCAAAAUCGAGUUUUAAUAAUGGCGUUCACAUAGCUUGUUAGGUUGUGUAUUUUGAAUAAAGUAAUGAAUCCAAUUUGAGUUUGAGCAAUGACUUUAAUUUACCGAUGCGUUUUUAUCGUUUUUAUCGUUUUAAGCUUGAAUAAAUUAACCAUAUGGUAUUUGUCACAAUCCUUUUCACAAGAUAGCCUCUUCAGUCUCUAUUGAUACCAUUAUCGAACCAUAAAGAACAAGAACCGCUCAACUAAGAUAUGAAUCCUAUUCUUAUGUUUGCUGCUGAGCAGAGAGGAUUUUAUUGUCUGCAGUUAAAUUAGUUUUUGAAUUUGUUGUCGAUUUUAACUCUUUCCCUAUUUUAACGCAAUUAUUAACAAAAAAACAAUAACUUAAUGAUGUGCAUAACAAUAAGUUUUAAGAACUUUCUUUAUGUUCUCCAUUUUAUUCCCGUCGUUUGAAUAAAAUUAACAAAUCGAUUUGAAAUAAAUGUAAUACUCCAGUGCGCAAAAGUAUAUUAUCUAUUGGUUAAACGACAAAUUAUUUAAAUAUUCAGGAAACAAAUAAAACUCAAACGUAUAUUUAUUUCACGAAACAGGGAUGAUUCUCUAAGAUAAGAUUAAAUUAUUGAAAUAAAAUUAAGAGAGAACAUUACACUCUAUUCAGCUGGAAAAAGAUUUAAAGGUCCCUCUCUAAAAUGUCCGAGCAUUUCUAAGCUAAUCGAUAGCUCAAGAUGUAAAACUAUUCUACUCAUAAAUUCAUAAUUUUAUGAGCCGUGUAAACAAAACUUUAAUUGUUGCUAAUGUUGACGAAAGAAACUUGAUCCACUGCACAAACACUCAACGAACCCUCAACUCCAAAAAAUACUUGUACGCUACACUAUAAACCGGACAAGCUUAUCCCUUUCCAUACCCUCAAUGCUUUGUGGAGUUGCUCAAACAAUUCUGCUUUAGUUGAAAAGUUUAAACCAUUGCCAAGGGGAAAAAGUUGGAUACAGAUGCUGUAUCAUCAUUAUAAAAGAUACACAUAUUUUUCAUGGUCGUUUGUUGCAUUUUUUCAGACCAACACCGUGAUGUUUUUACAUCAAGUAAUAUAUAAAAACUAGUCGUUAGCCCGUGGAGAAUCCACAGGGUCGUCCGUCUUUAAAUUAGACGCUAUUUCAUGUGACCCUUGCACGACACUUUUCUUGCGGACCAGACAGAGAAAAUACAGUUAAUAUUAUAGGGAAAUAGAUACAUAUAUUAAAGAUAAAGAACUAUAGGCAUGCAGAGUUUUAUUGUAAAACCAAUUCUUAUUCAUAUAUCAUAAGGAAUUUGGUAGGAAUUGGAUUAAGACAAAGCUUCAGUUUAAUCAGACAUUGAUAAAACCUAAGUUCAUUUAUAUUUAAAUCUCUUAUAACAAAGCCCUUCGUCUGAUCGUGUGUGUGAGAGAGAAAGGUAGAUAAUAUUUGUUCCUUUUGAAACGAAUCUGUUAUUUGUAAAACUUCUGUUUACAUUUUCUAAAAGCUUAGAACAAGUGUUGCGAUUUAAUGAAGCAAUUUUAUUAGCUAAGAAUAAUUUAGCAGUUGGGUCUAAUUAUGCUAUUAUAAACUACACGGAAUGAUUUCAUUUGUUAUAAUUAAGUGCACGGCCGACCUUAAUGUUGCUUAUUCAUCCACGAAUGGUCCACAUUACAACUAGUUAAAUAAUAAUUCUUACGUAAUAUGCGAAAUUUCCUUCGUUGCGCAGGAAAUGAAGUUUCUUUCCGUUUCCGCGGGAGGAAGCUUCGCAUCUUCGCAUGUGCCGUGAAGACGCGUUUAAAAAGGGCGUUUUUAAACUUGUGAGACCUCGGUUUGUUCGGACAGCAUCAAAUACAGUCGUUUUUUAUUUUUUAUUUAACUAAAAUAUAUUUUUCUUUCAUGUGUCCAUGGUAACAAGCGCGUUCAGCACGAUGAAGAGAAGGAGAGCAACCAGUCAAAUUAUUCAAACGACGCACAACGCUCCACAGAACUAAUAUAAUCUAUGUAUAAACGAGUUUAAGGAACCCGUGCACGAUUGGGUAGCAGUACUGAAUGGAUCGUGUGGAUGUUCCAUCACAGAUAUCUGUUUUUGGUUUCGCUUCCGGCUUUACUGCAUCAGUUUCUUGUAAAAAUUAUAAUGUAAAAUAUGAGUUGUCAAAGAACAUAACGGUUAAAAAUUAACAGAAUGCAAGCGUUCUGACGUGAAGUGACAUUUGUAAAUAUAAAACCGUGCGUGCUGUCCUCAAAUUCCAAAUACCAACAAAUACCAAAAAACGGAUGUUUUUAUUUAUUCUGUCCGAAUAA